GGCGCUGGCUGCGGCGGGCGCUGCGCGGCGGCCAUGGGCAGGAAGGAGCGCGAUAAGAAGAAGUCCAAGAAGCGCCAUUACGAUGAGGACGAGGAGGAUGAAGACGAAGCUCCCGGCAAGGAGUCGCAGGAAGCGGUGCCGUCUGCGGCGGGGAAGCAGGUGGAGGACAGCGGCACCAAGGUGGACGAGUACGGGGCCAAGGACUACCGGCAGCAGAUGCCCCUGAAGGCCGACCACGCCUCGCGGCCCCUCUGGGUGGCUCCUGAUGGGCAUAUUUUUUUGGAAGCCUUUUCUCCAAUUUACAAAUAUGCACAGGACUUUUUGGUUGCCAUUGCUGAGCCUGUGUGCAGACCGACCCACAUUCACGAGUACAAGCUGACCGCUUACUCGCUGUACGCUGCUGUUAGCGUGGGCUUACAAACAAGUGACAUCACAGAGUAUUUACAAAAACUGAGCAAGACUGGUGUCCCAGAUGGAAUAGUUCAGUUUAUCAAGGUUAGUUCCAUAAGCAUAACAGUGUCGCAAGUAAAUACUUUCUGAUACCGUGCUUCUGAGACCCAAACUGCACCGCAGCCUUUGGUCCCAAAUCUGGAAUUGCAGUUUUGUGUAUUCCUGAUGACCGCUGUGGUUCGUUUGCAGCUCUGCACCGUCAGCUAUGGGAAGGUGAAGCUGGUACUGAAACAUAACAGGUAUUUUGUGGAAAGCACCCACCCUGAUGUCAUCCAGCAGCUUCUGCAAGACCAUGUUAUUAAAGACUGUCGGCUGCGAAACGCUGAGGGUGAAGAAACAGAGCUCAUUACAGAGACGUUCACAAGUAAAUCAGUGAUUUCCAAAUCCAGUGAAGGUGGUGCAGGUCCUUCAACAUCGCAGGGAACAGAUGCUCAGAGUAAGCCAGAUGUCCCAGCUGACUUAUUUGAGUUUUAUGAACAGAUGGACAAAGAUGAGGAGGAAGAGGAGGAGAUGCAGACAGUGUCUUUUGAAGUCAAGCAGGAGAUGAUUGAAGAGCUCCAGAAACGUUGUAUCCACCUAGAGUACCCUUUGCUGGCAGAAUAUGAUUUCAGAAAUGAUUCUGUGAAUCCUGAUAUUAAUAUAGAUCUGAAGCCUACAGCUGUUCUCAGGCCCUAUCAGGAGAAGAGCCUAAGGAAGAUGUUUGGGAAUGGACGAGCCAGAUCUGGUGUCAUUGUCUUGCCAUGUGGUGCUGGCAAGUCUCUGGUUGGAGUGACGGCUGCAUGUACUGUCCGCAAGCGGUGUCUGGUCCUUGGGAACUCUGCCGUGUCUGUAGAGCAGUGGAAGGCCCAGUUCAAGAUGUGGUCCACCAUUGAUGACAGCCAGAUAUGUCGGUUCACUUCUGAUGCCAAAGACAAGCCCAUUGGCUGUUCUAUUGCAAUCAGCACAUAUUCCAUGUUGGGACACACGACAAAAAGAUCCUGGGAAGCAGAAAGAGUAAUGGAGUGGCUUAAAAGUCAAGAGUGGGGCCUUAUGAUACUUGAUGAAGUACAUACUAUCCCUGCAAAAAUGUUCAGACGUGUGCUCACUAUUGUGCAAGCUCACUGUAAACUGGGGCUGACUGCUACCCUGGUCAGAGAAGAUGAUAAAAUCGUUGACCUGAACUUCCUGAUCGGACCAAAGCUCUAUGAAGCCAACUGGAUGGAGCUGCAGAACAGUGGCUACAUUGCUAAAGUCCAGUGUGCUGAGGUUUGGUGCCCAAUGUCACCUGAAUUUUAUAGAGAAUACAUAGCUAUCAAAACAAAGAAACGGAUACUGCUGUACACCAUGAACCCAAAUAAAUUCAGAGCCUGCCAAUUCCUGAUUAAGUUUCACGAGCGACGGAAUGAUAAAAUCAUCGUCUUUGCUGACAAUGUGUUUGCCCUGAAGGAGUACGCAAUCAGACUCGGGAAACCCUAUAUAUAUGGUCCUACUGCACAGGGAGAGAGAAUGCAAAUUCUACAAAACUUCAAGCACAAUCCAAAAAUCAACACUAUUUUCAUUUCCAAGGUUGGUGACACGUCCUUCGAUCUGCCGGAAGCCAACGUUCUCAUUCAGAUCUCAUCCCAUGGUGGGUCUCGAAGGCAGGAGGCUCAGAGACUGGGACGAGUGCUGAGGGCCAAAAAAGGCACGGUUGCAGAGGAAUACAAUGCCUUUUUUUAUUCUCUUGUGUCCCAAGACACUCAGGAAAUGGCAUAUUCAACAAAGCGACAACGGUUUCUUGUGGAUCAAGGUUAUAGUUUCAAGGUAAUAACAAAGCUUGCAGGCAUGGAAGAAGAAGAACUUUCAUUUUCGUCCAAAGAAGAACAGCAGCAGCUUCUCCAGAAAGUCCUGCAGGCAUCUGACCUGGAUGCUGAGGAGGAAGUAGUUGCUGGAGAGUAUGGUUCAAAGUCAGCUCAGGUGUCACGUCGUACGGGCACAAUGAGCUCCAUGUCAGGAGCAGAUGACAUGGCUUACAUGGAAUACCACUCUGCACGGAGUAAAACAUCUUCAAACAAACACAUCCAUCCGCUAUUUAAACGCUUCCGGAAAUGAUGUCCCUCACCUGUGCAUUUUGUUAAAACUGUGGAUCCGUGCACCUGUUUCCAUAAAAAAAAAUAUGGAGUUGAUUUUUGGACACGUCCUUUAAAAGACUUUUUUUUAUAUGCAUCUAUAUAGCCACGUGUUUACUUAGUGAUAUAUGUGCUCUCAUGGGUGAAUGCGAAAGGAAAAAAGGAACUAAAUCUUACCACAGGGAAGACAUUAUCCAGUAACUGGAUCCUCUUCAUACCUGUCUGGUUUUCAGGGUAAUGAAUAGAUUUUAUUUUUGUCAGCUGAAAGACCCUUUUUCAGAAGAAUUCUGGAAAUAUUUUGUAAAUGCAGUUUGUACUGAUGUUUGAAGUAUUAUUUAUCUGAUGAUAGUGUCUCCUCAACAAAAUAUUGUUUUUUGAAAUGCUUAAAAAUCAUUCAUUGAGCUGAACAAAUCCUAAUAGGAGCACUUUACAUAAUAUUUUUUAAACUGGGAGCUAAUUUAUACUUAAUCUGUCUUUAAAUCGUUUGGAAAUAUUUUGAAGUUCGAAGACAAGGAGAAAGGAGGGACUCAGUUGCUGAAAUAAAAGCUGUUUCCCUUGUCAUUUGUAUUCUAUUUAUUAACCAUGCAAUAAAACCAUCAUAACUGCUAAACAA